UGAAUCAUAAAGCUGCAGCUGGCUCCUGUGUGUGCCUGACACUGAGCAGCACUGAGGACACGGCUACCCGUAUUUUGCCAGCAUGUCGUACCUGGUAUCAUGGGAAAGCUGCCAAAACGAGGAACAGCAGGAACAUGCAUCAGAACAAUUUCAUUGUCUUCCACAUUGCGGUACCCCCAUCUUAGGGCAGUCGUAUCACUGAGUAAUUCAGUGCCAUGUCGAUAGCCCUGAGCAAGCAGGUACCUCUCCAUGGUGUGGAGCAGCAAGCACAGUCAGCUCUGGCUGCCCCAGGAUGAAGUGGCUGCUGCAGAAUCUACUUGAAGCACAAUGCUAACUCCGUAUCGUGCUGAAUGCUGUACAGACAUCAUUGGAGCAGACUGUUAUAAAAGCAGAAGCAUACAAGGUGCUAGUUCUGAUUGGUUUAAUGGCGAUUUUUUCUGACUUCCAACAGUGUAUUGAGAUUAGAAUCAAGCUCAAGAGGUACCUAAGAAUGCCUGGAAAUUUUUAAGCAGCCUGAAACAAUAGGAUAUUGCAUUUAAGUUUCCAAGUACUUAGUGUUUUACAGUGACGCUACUUGUUUCUUCAUCUCAUAGACUGUUGUGCAACAUUCAGGAACAGACAAUCGGAAACAAUAUUUCCAAGGGAUUGUUUAAUGAAGAAUGGGUUGGAUCGCUCUAUAAACUGUAAACAGUUUGUACAAGCUCUGUACUGAAGCAAUCCCAGGAUAAAAUAUUGCUCAACCAUUGUAUAAUCCGCCUUAAGUAUUCAUAGAAUGAAAAGUGAGCACCCAGGUAUGGGAAAGAGCAAAAGGAACACGGUGUAGGUAGGUUCUCCAUGGCAAGCUGCAAAAGCAAGAGGUAAGGAAAGAAAAUGAGACAAUGACAAGUCCUUGAGAAAUUCCAGUUGCUGCUCAUGAGGAUUUAUGUGCAGCGGAUCCUAGCUGACCUUGCCAGUACCCAGAAAAGCAGCCAAUGGCUGUCACAGAAGAAGAACUGAGAACCGAGUCUGCAAACCCUUAUUUAGGUACACAGCUCUUAACACGUGCAAAAAAAAACUGUUAAGGGGCUUUCUUGAAAAAGGGAGGACUGUGGCAGAGAGCUAAGAACUUCCUCUCAAAAGACGAAUGAAGACUCUCCAGAUUUUGCACUUUCUCUCCCUUUACUAAACUUUCAUCUCCGGAACAAGGGCCUUUGUACAAAAAGCACCUCCAGUUGGAGCCGCAGAGGCACUGAUGCCCCCACAGACUCUGCCAGCCCCUGCAUCUGGCAUUCCUGUCAAAUCAAUCAGGAUUUUUAACAGAUUAAGCCCAAAUUCCUUUCCCUUAAUCCCAAACCCACCCACUUCUGCCCCUUCAACUCCUUUCCUCUUCUGUACCUUACAUGAAGUACGGGCUCAGGAGUAAUUCACUUUGGGCAGCGUACAUUUUCAGUGAUUCAGUCUGGGAUCCUGAACAAAACUAACUAACCUCAAAAAUGUGGGGCUCUCUUCAUUAGGAUCCGUAUCAGAAUUAAUGAAUAAAUAAAUGAAUAAAUGAAUAAACCAGAACUUGGAGAAAAGAAACAUGCAAUAUCUUAGAGCAAUUCUGAGUUUCCAUGCUUCUAGAACCACAAGAAGAAAAGCAAUAAGAGUGAAUAAAGCAGUAGGCAGGAGGGCAAUUUGUGGAAUACAACUGAGUCCAAGGGCCCAGUCAUCCCCUGCCUGCUUUUUUGCAUCACACAGGUGUGAUGUUUUAUUCAAGCUCUGCUUGGCUAAUCAAGGAACUAAUCAAGGUCAUAUAGAAUCAGAGCCUAGAAAACUGAGUGAACAUUUAUUUUAUACAGUCAUCAGAAUGCUCUGGCUAAAAUGGGGUAGUAGCCUGAGACUGCAAACACUCUGUUAGUACAGCACAGGGCCACCAGGGUACUACCAUGAUCAUGACUACAAUGUUUACAGGGGAGCUGGAAUGGAAUCUCUUCUGCUUGCUCCAGAGUAAAUGGUAAUCUCUAACUGUGUGAGCAAUACAACUAGUUUGAGUGCUGCCUCCAAGAAUGGAUUUGGGGACUUUCUAUAAAAAGUUGUAAUACCUGAGUUUUAGGUAACUGAUUCUCACAGUUACCAGGAAAAGGCAAGUUUGCCUGCCAGCAAUGGCAAAUGCCCAGCGCUAUAAUCCAUAGCUCUGGUAACUGCUCCGAGCUAAGUCCUUACUGCCUGCUGAAGCACCCAGAGCAGCCUGCAGGGACAAGUUUUGUGUUUUCUGACAUGCGACUGAUGAAGGCAGGAGGGGGGUGGCCGUCAGGGUGGGACAGGCCGCUUUGCCACUGCUGAGCAGUUACACCAUGGAAAAUCAGCUUUCAAUCAUUUGGUGCUGGGGGGGAGAUCAAAGCCCAAGGUCUCUCUCCAAGCUCAUCCCAACCCUUGUGCCAUAGGGACAGAGAUGUUUGCUGCUGCUUUUUGAAGCUGGACCGUGUGUGGGGCUGGCUUGCAGUAUCCUUCAGUUCACCCAGUGAUGGGGCUGGGAGGAAGGAAGUUGGCUUCUUCUGGCACGGCUAGAAAAACGUUCUGACACCCCUGUCAGUGCCCCUUGGCAGCGGCAGGAAGAAGCACGGCAAGUACUGACGCACACAGACAGGAGUUUGGAGACGUGCAGAAAGACUUGGCUGAUGCUGGUUUGGGUAGUAGUAUUACUGCCCUGGAGCCUGAGACAGUGACAGCAGAAAGGGUUGCACUUAGCAAAGUCAGAAGCAGCAGAACCCCAGCCAGGCCUGGGAUCGUGCUCUGGCCUGGGCUGGCUCCCAGCAUCUAAUAUUGUCUAAUCCCUAAAUGCUACCAAACACCUUCUUUCCUUCUCACGGUGUGGCUGUAUAGCAUCUGAAAAAGUUUUAGUUUUUAAUCUUGCUCGGUACAAUGACAAAUCGAGGCCUUUCUGACCUCCUGGGGAAGGGUUUCCUUUACGCAGGGGUGGCCCCCGUUUCCCUCUGGGACGCCGGGAAGCCGGCGGGGCUCGGAGCGCGGCAUCCUCUCGCUUUCAGAGCGAGAAAGCGCCGGGAGAGGGAGGGAAAGGAGGGAGAGCGGUGGGGGAGAGGCCGGAGGGCAGCGGGGCUGCCCGGGUGCGGGCCGCCAGGCGCUUCCCCGCCGCCUUCCCCCGAGCCGGUGUCAGGUAUUGCGAGGAGGGGUAGGGGCCCGGGGAGGAGAUGGCUGGAGGCUUUCCAGCCCCGGCUCACGCAAUGCAAACUCCGCACGCAACGGGGAGGCGACAGGCGGAGGAGGGGAAGCUCUCCAGCUCCCUCAGCCCCCAAGAUGCAGGCGAGACGUUGCCUCCUGACACAGGGGGCGGCGAGUCCGCCCGCCACCCCGCUUCCCUCCCUGAGGCUCCGACGCCGAAACUUUGGGCCCGGGCCAUAAAAGCAUCCGCUGCUCAACCGCUCCGCUUGGCGAGGCCCCAAGGGCAGCUGGCAAAUAGCGGCGACCCCUCGAGCCAGGGGAAGGGCCGGGCAGCGGCGAUUUGUCAGCGGGGCUGUCUGCGGCACGCCCGCACCGCGCCGCGCACCGCGGUGUCGCGGGUUUAAAGGCGCGAGCGGCGAUGCCAGGAGCCCGGGCGCGGCCGCUGCUGCUCCGGCUCAGCCUCGGUCCCCCCGUCACCCCCUGAGCCGCUCGCACCCACCCCGGCCCCGGCCCGCAGGCGGCAGCGCCGGGCAGGUGGUCGCGGGCGGGGCGAGCUUCGAGGGGUUGAAGCUCCGGAAAGGUGACGGCGGCUCCAUGCUGGGAGCGAGUGCCACCGGCGUCUGCCUGCGCACGACCCGCCGAGCUCCGGGUGACGGGAGCCGGCGCUUCUGAUGAGUUUCCCAGAGCUCGGGAUCUGAACCCCGACGCCGCCGCGCUCCCCGUCCGGGGCCGUCCGUCACAGCCACCGCUGCCCGGCUCCUCUCCAUCCUCCCCGAGACCUCCGAUGGAAGCCGCGUGCAACAGGUCAGUUCGCGGGACCGCCGCUCGUUUCCCUCCUCCCUCCCCUCGCUGCCUCAGCCGGGCGGCAGCAAGCAGCGGCAGCGGUGCCGACAGCCGCUCCGGGAGCGCGGGCAUCCCGCCGCUCCGCCCGGGGAGCGAUGCGCGGCACCGGGACGAAGCCGGCUGCGGGCAGGGGAGCGGGCGGGAGCAUCCCUCCUGCUUCCUCCCGGGUCUUGCUCAGCCGCAUCCGCCGCCGCGAACCCGCCCUGCCGGAGGGCAGAGCAACGGCCCGGCCGCUAAGCGCGGCUACCGUCCCUUCUUAUCGACCGGCCCCCGAUUCGCGCACGGGAGCGGGUCGGGCGCCGCGCCCUCGCCCGUCCGGGUCCCCGGGGUCGUCGCCCGCCGACCGUCCCCUUUUUCCCUUUCCUCGCAGCAUGGCCCUCGAGAGGCUCGGGGAAGCCCUGCGCGGCACCCCGCCCCUGCAGAGCUCCCUGCUGCUCCUACUGUGCCUGCUCGCCGCCGUGCACCUGGGCAAGCUCCUCCUGCAGCGGCGGGGUUGGCGGCGGCAGGGCCAGCGCCGGGCGCCGCCGGGCCCCUUCCCGUGGCCGCUGAUCGGGAACGCGGCGCAGCUGGGCAGCGCCCCGCACCUCUCCUUCGCGCGCCUGGCCAGCACGUACGGCGCCGUCUUCCAGCUGCGCCUGGGGCGCUGGCCCGUGGUGGUGCUGAACGGGGAGAGCGCCAUCCGCCAGGCGCUCGUCCGCCAGGGGGCCGCCUUCGCCGGCCGGCCGGCCUUCCCCUCGUUCCGCCUGGUGUCGGGCGGGCGCAGCCUGGCUUUCGGCGGCUACUCGGAGCUCUGGAAGCUGCACCGCCGCGCGGCGCACGCCACGGUGCGCGCCUUCUCCACCGGCAGCCCGGCCACGCGCCGCCUGCUGGAGCGGCACCUGCUGGGCGAGGCGCGGGCGCUGGUGGCGCUGCUGGUGCGGGGCAGCGCGGGCGGCGCCUUCCUCGACCCCUCGCGCGUGCUGGUGGUGGCGGUGGCCAACGUGAUGAGCGCGCUCUGCUUCGGCCGCCGCUACAGCCACGGCGACGGCGAGUUCCUGCGCCUGGUGGGCCGCAACGAGCAGUUCGGGCGCGCCGUGGGCGCCGGCAGCCUGGUGGACGCGCUGCCCUGGCUGCGGCGCUUCCCCAGCCCCGUGCGCGCCGCCUACCGCGCCUUCCGCGACCUCAACCGCGACUUCUACGGCUUCGUCCGCGGCAAGUUCCUGCAGCACCAGCGCAGCCUGCGCCCGGGGGCCGCCCCCCGCGACAUGAUGGACGCCUUCAUCCGCCUGCAGCGCGAGCAGCCGCGGCUGCAGCUCGAGCACGUGCCCGCCACCGUCACCGACAUCUUCGGCGCCAGCCAAGACACGCUCUCCACGGCGCUCCUCUGGCUCCUCAUCUUUCUCAUCAGGUAUCCAAAAGUCCAGGCUAAAAUGCAAGAAGAAGUGGAUAGGAUUGUUGGGAGAGACCGCCUGCCCUGUGCUGAAGACCAGCCUCACUUGCCCUACAUCAUGGCUUUCCUGUAUGAAUCCAUGCGUUUCAGCAGUUUCGUGCCCGUUACCAUCCCACACGCCACCACGACCAACACCUUCAUCAUGGGCUACCUCAUUCCCAAGGACACCGUGAUAUUUGUUAAUCAGUGGUCAGUGAAUCACGAUCCAGCAAAAUGGUCCAACCCAGAGGACUUUGAUCCAACGAGAUUCCUGGACGAGAACGGCUUCAUCAAUAAAGAUCUCACUAGUAGCGUGAUGAUUUUCUCCAUGGGGAAACGGCGGUGUAUUGGAGAGGAAUUAUCCAAGGUGCAGCUGUUUCUCUUUACCUCCAUUCUCGUGCAUCAGUGCCAUUUCACUGCUAAUCCAAAUGAGGAUCCUAAAAUGGACUAUACUUACGGGUUGACCAUCAAACCCAAGCCAUUUACCUUGAAUGUCACACUUAGAGAUACUAUGGAUUUGCUUGAUAAGGCUGUCCAAAGACUGCAAGCAGAGAAAACAGCCAACGAAAAUCAGCCAUCGGCAAACACCUAAGCACCGAGCCUUGCACUGAAAGAUGCUCCUCUCUUUUUAGAAUUAAAUAAGUUAUAGUUUGUUUUGCUGAUCUUUUUGGAAAAUAGCCAGCGCUGUGAGGUACAAGAGCAGGAAGGAAAACAUCACAAGUCAUAAUUCAGUCCUCUUUAAUUCUAGAAGGAGAGCCAGGGGAAUGAUUUAAUGUACUAAAUGAUAAAACAUAUGCAGUUUGAAAGUAAGCCUUUCAUUUUCUUGCAUGUUCACAAAGUUGCCAUUGUAAAGCACACUUUAUCUACUGACUGGUUGGAGCACCUCUGGAAACUGUGGGUGCAAUCCUUUCCACGUCUCCACGCACUCAGCCUUAACUCUAAGUUUGCCUUCAGUGACUCCACAUCCCAAAGUAAAAUUCCUUAUUAAAAAACAAAGCAAAGCAGAACACAAAAACCAGCCAACCAACCAAACACGCUUGGAACACUGUAGCUUCCCUCUGAACUCAUUCUACUGGAAACUGCCGUGAGUGUACGUACAGCAAGUCCUGUGUUGUGACUGCUGGGAUGCAUAUUAAUGCCUUGAUAAUAAAUGUUUAAAUGGUUUUUGGUAAAAUACCAAUGUAAAAUCUUGCCUUUAGCUUUCCAAAGUGUUCACAUAAAUAGCUAAAAAAAGACUUGCUUAUGAGCACAACAUUUUGAAAUACCAUUCAUAUUUUAUAUAGAAUGAACAGAAUGUCCUAAACAGUAACUUUUCGUUAAGGUUUGAAAAGAAAGAUCAGAUUUGAUACAUCACCAAAGGGUAAGUGUGACAUGAUCCAUGUGCUAAUAUGUUCAUUAGCACGAAUAACAGAUAUUUGAAUUAGAAUGCUCUUGUAAAGGAAAAGCUGAACUUUGUGUCACUCUAGAAAAGAGUUAAUGACCUGUUCUUGGACACAUAGGUAAGUCUGUUAUAGAUUCACAUGUGCAAAGGUAUGUAGAAAUAAGAAUUUGCUCAUGUCACAAGCAUCAAGUAAUGCAUACAGCACGUACGGCCUGGCUCACUGGUCAAUCUGUGAGCUUGAGUUUAAUGGUAUUAUCCUAAAUUAGCUAUAUAUUUUCAGCAUGAUUUGCUUAGAACAAAGCCUCUGAAGGAAAGCUUACAUAUUGUGUCCUGAUUAAGUGAGCAAACUUAACUGAGCAAAAAAAUAUUUCCAACUUUUCUUUUUAUGAGGCAAAGGACAUCAAGGUAAAAAAAAAAUCACUACUGUUUUGAAGUAAAACAUACAUGUGAAACUUUAGAGCCUUGAACUUCUGACUAAUGUUUGUGCACACAAAGCAGCAUAUAUUUCAUUCUCUGAAGAACAGACUGUAACGUGUCAAAUGCCUGAUUUUGAGAAGUGUUGGACUUUUCCUAGGAGAUACAGAUCACCUUCAAUUACAUUCAAGAUCUAUCAUAAAUGAGAGUAUCUCAGAAGACUUACUGUGAUCAAGUCUAGGACAAAACAAGGUCUUAGUAGUCCUAGAAAAAUAAGGGCUAAAAUAUAGAGUAGCUCUGCUGAGACCCAAGCAAGUAUAGAUGUGCAUCUCAUAGACGGCCAGUCUUCAUCCUGUUGGCAGCAGCGACAGUACUCAUGCUGACAUAGGUAAGAGCUGGGCUAGUGGCACCAUCCUGGCCUUCUCAAGUACAAACUUCACUACUGAUUUUAAUAACCCGAACCAAGUCUAGAAGUACUGCUCCAUAAUCCCACAUAGUACUGAUAAACCUGUUGAAAGUCUCUGAUUUCAAAUGGCAUCAAUCCUCUUUUUUCAAAGCUAAAACAAAUAAAUUCUUUUCCAUGCAAGAGGAGUAACCUCAGGUGUUUUUCUGAAUUACAAGUCUGUGAUAUCCCAGAACUUAGCCUAUACCUGUGAAAAGCUUUAUAUGAUAUUCAGCAUUUUCAUAUGGAGAUCUACAUUAGAUCAAUUUGUAGCAAGACAGAUUUCUUUGUACCUUUGUACCUUUAUUAAAAAAAAAAAUGUGUAGAGGAUAUAACCUACAACUGAAUAGUUAGUUUAACUCAAAGAUCACUAAUUAUUAUUGUAAUAAAAAGAAGCUUUUGCAAUUUUAUACUCUUCCAAAAGCUUUAACUAUGCAUUGGCUACUAAUGCAGCUUCCAUUCACACUGUUCACAUCUGUUGGGGUCACAAAUUAUAUAGCUGUUGGUCAGUUAGUGCCUCAUAUAAUCUGCAAAGUUACUCAAAUUUAGUAGCACCCAAUUAGAAUGUAUUGCAGUUGUUCAUUGAGCUAACUUUUAUGGUCAUUCUGAGAUGAAUCAUUGUGUUACCAAAAUAUUGAAUAAAAUUAUUCUUGUACUGAC